UUGCAGAAUGUCAAAAAACCCCCAUCGCCGGAGGAUUGUUUUGUUUAGUCUGCUGUUGAGCAAGAAGAAGACCCUUUUUUCCGAGUACCUUGCCCACUGCAUUGAUGCGGGCAAAGGUGCUGAGUCGUGUAGUGAAAACAGUGUUCUAAAUGGUUCUUAAGUCGGCUGUUUAGAAAUUAUUGUUAUUGUUAAUCCACAAUACACAAAACUAAACACACACUCACACAACACCCAUCAUGAGUCGGUGGGAUCGACGCGACGACGAAGGGCAACACAGCUCACGGCAACGAAAUGAGGUAAAGAACGCCACAAGCCGGCCACGGUUCAGCCGAAGCCGAUCCCGAUCGGCCUCACCCGGCGCACGGUCCCAUUCGCGGUCCCGGUCGCGCUCACCACCUUCCAGCACGCAACACUCCCGGCACCGUGCACCGGCCUAUCGGGAUGCGGAGCGUUACGAGCAAAGAGGCCACCAGGACAGGAACUACCAGCGGCGACAGGAAGAGGAAGAACGGCGGCGUAGACAGGAAGCGCUCGACAGUCGUGGUCGCACCGGUCCAAAUGGCACACGGGGACCCGGUCCCGGUGGCACGACGCACAACAGCAGACCACCGACCGGCAUGCCGAGGUCCACGCCCAAACCGCCGGUGGCCGGGAUACAGAUGAAGCUGGCGGCACCGGCCAGCAAGGAACCGGCCCGGCUGAUGAAACCGGUCGCGAACGCGUUCCGGCUGGCGGACGACAGCGAUGACAGCGAGCCGGAAGAGAUGCCCGCCGAGUGCCGGAUGCGGAUGCGUAACAUUGGGCGCGAUACGCCCACCUCUUCCGGGCCGAACUCGUUCGGCAAGACGAAGCACGGUUUCUGUGAUUCGAAGAAAAUGUUCGAAAAGAAGAUCGGCAGUAGCCUCGGGGACCGUUGAAGAGGCGGCGCACCGGAAGCAGUAGUAGAAGCAGGGAACGAAGAAAACGACGAAAGCGAGAUAGAGAGAGAGAGAGAGAGAGGGGGAAAGUGAGAGCUUAGCUUUAAGUGUCGCUCUAAUUAUCCACCCACCAGAAUCGUCCUCCUCCCUGGGUGGGUGGGAGUUGCCAGUUAUCGUAGCGAAAUGUUUGUUUUUUUUUUUUUUUUGCUAUAUUAUUACUACUACUAAUAUUAGCAUUAGGACGAAAUAGGGUGUGAAAAGAGGGUGAGCAAAAGCAUUUGAAAUGGUUUUCGUUUUUCUCUACUUCUGUUUUGUUUUCCUCAAACUUUCUAGCGUGUUACUCACUCACUCAUCUUCCUGCCACGUUUGUUGCAGCAUUGCCAAACAUAAGUUUAGUAUAUAUUUAAAAAAAACGAAAGAAGCUCCUUCGGAAGUCUACACAUCUCUCAUUGUGCACCGGUUUUUUAAAUGAUAGAGCAAAAGCAAACAAACAAUACUUGUUUGAAUGAAUACAUUUUUCCUUUAGUCUGUUUCCUCGAAA